UUCUCAAAGACAAGAGGCUUAAUUCGCAUGUCAUGGGAUGUUCAAAACCUUGAGAAUCUUCUCGAGCGUCGCACCCCACAAGAUCUCUCCAAGAUGACUGUUUUCCAACAAAAAUGGAUUGCAAAGCGAGAGCUGCGAGGAUACCAUGUUCCCAAUAUUCACGAGCGUCAGUUUCUUAACCGUCACUUUGAAUCGUAUUUGCCCAAUAGACAGUUGACUCCAGAGGAAAAGAGCAAGAUUCCACCUAUUCAAACGUUGGCUUUUGGUGAAUUGGAAAGAAGACCAGAUGUGGUGUUAUUUAGAAGCCAUUUUGCCGAUAGUAUUUGGAAAGCGAGACAAAUGGUAGCCAGUCGUUGUGUUUUGGUCAAUGGUGAAAGGUGUAGAUACGCAGCAAGACGACUUCAGGAUGGGGACAUGGUCACAGUAAUUCCUAAAGCGAUUCCAACUCUUAAAGGUCAAAAGGGCACUCAAAUGAAGUUCCAUCCUAAAGCGUACAUGUCCCCCUGGAUGUUCACUCCAGCCUACCUCGAAGUAGACUACAAUACUUGUUCAACAGUGUUUCUGCGCUCACCAGUUGUACAGCCCAAUGCAAUGGAGAUUCCAUCACCACUUCCCCCUACAUUCCAUCAACUUGCCUUUGAAUGGUAU